UUGAGAAUUACUCCGCCGCUUUGCCCCUCUCCGCUCACUGCCGAACUCCCUGCAGAAGCUGAUCUAGGACACAUUGGUGGGCACCGCACCCUAUUCACCGUAAGCCUCCUGUGCUGUACUUCAAACGAGCCACUCCGCCCCAGCCGCUGUCUUCCUUUCUGUCCGUACUAUAUGUGGCUGCGUACCCUCGCAUUCUCGAGGACAACAUAUUGUUUAACCCACUCUUCCCCCAAGUAUCGACUAGAGAAACAUUUUAGCCAGCAAUUGCGAUUCCGUCAUACACGGCGCGACGCCAGCAGACCCCACCCCUUACCCCAUAUAUUUUAUCGUGCGGACUCGCUCCAGAAAAAGAGCGCUCUAGGAUCCUACACAGCGGCUCUACUUGUCUUAGGUAUUGCUGUCGGCGGAGCCCUACUCUACCCUCGAAGAAAUCAUCCAUCAACGGACGACGUCGAGAAGCAGAUCGCGAAUCCGAUUUUCGAUCGCACGAAUCUUAUAGAUUCAUACCUCGUUAUGGCGCCGAACACGCCCCCUGGGCGACCUGGAACUCUGACUCCCGAGCAAGAAAUCAAGUUGCGCGAAUUCUGGGCUGUAACAUUGAAGGUGUUUGGAGUUCACGAGUCUGCGAACGUUGAGGCGAAUGGAACCGAGACUCCGACUGCUCCGGCCACAUCUGCACCAAGCGAGACGCCCGAGAAGGAUGGGAAGAAGGACAAGGAAAAGAAGAAGAGCAGGCUCAAUGUUUUUAAACGUAACAAGGGGGAGAAAGGAGCAGAUUCAGAGGCGACCCCUGCUUCUGGAGCCUCAACGCCAGCGUCAACUGAAGCCGGUCCAUUGUCGAUAGCAGACGAGGACGAUAAACAUGGUCAGGUCAAGGAAGCCAAACUCGCGUUGGCCAACACUUCUCCCGAAGACUUGCGAACAGCUUUUUGGAGCAUGGUGAAGCAUGACCACCCCGAUGCGCUCCUCUUGCGAUUCUUGCGCGCGAGAAAAUGGGACGUGGAGAAGGCGCUCGUUAUGAUGAUUUCGACCAUGCAUUGGCGACUAGACCAAAUGCACGUAGACGACGACAUUAUGAAGAACGGCGAGGAAGCGGCACUGAAGGAUAGCAAGAGCGACGAUGCAAAGGUCAAGAAGGAGGCGGAAGACUUUUUGGCGCAGCUGAGAAUGGGCAAGAGUUUCUUGCACGGAUUAGACAACGAGGGACGGCCGCUCUGCGUUGCGCGCGCUCGAAUGCACCGCGCUGGGGAACAGUCGGAAGCAAGUUUGGAGCGCUUCACUGUCCACACCAUCGAAACCGCUCGCAUGCUCCUCAGACCCCCAAUCGACACAGCGACUAUUAUCUUUGACAUGACCGACUUUUCCAUGGCCAACAUGGACUACACGCCCGUCAAGUUCAUGAUCAAGUGCUUCGAAGCAAACUACCCCGAAUCGCUCGGCAACGUGCUCGUAUACAAAGCCCCCUGGCUCUUCAACGCCAUCUGGAACAUCAUCCGCGGCUGGCUCGACCCCGUCGUCGCAGGCAAAGUCCACUUCGCCAAGAACGUCGACGAGCUCGAAAAAUUCAUCCCCAGGUCGCAGAUAAUAGCGGAUCUCGGCGGCGACGACAAGUGGACGUACGAGUACAUUGAACCCAAGGAAGGCGAGAACGCGAAGAUGGCAGACGUCGGCGCCAGGGAUGCCUUGCAGGCCGAAAGGACCGACCUGGUCAAGAAGUACGAGGACAGUGUGACACAAUGGGUUACCGAAGGCGAGCAGACCAAGUCGCUGGACGAGAGGAGGAACGAGAGGAAUGCAGUUGCCGAGCAGUUGAGAGGGAAUUAUUGGAAGUUGGACCCGUACGUGCGAGCGAGGUCGUUGUACGAUAGAAUGGGUGUGCUAGGGGAAGCUGGCCAGCUGAAUUUCUAUCCUACGGCAGCGCCUGCGUCACAAAAGGAAAACGUGGCACCGACGAAACCGGCACAGGAAACGAGUGCAGACGAUCUCGAUUGA